AUGUGGCCGCGAGCAGAAGUCGCUGCCGCGGCCGUAGCCGGGCGCCGAGCCUGGGCUGAGCCGGGAGCGGGUCCCGCUGCCGCCGCCAUGGGGGAUCGGGGGCUGCUGCUGCGCUACCUGCUGCUGGGCUUCCUGGGCUGGGGCGCGUCCGCCCAGCCGGCGGGGGGCGAGUAUUGCCACGGCUGGGUGGACGGGCACGGCCGCUACCACGAGGGCUUCCCGUGCCCGGAGGACUUCGACACGCCGGACGCCACCAUCUGCUGCGGCUCCUGCGCCCUGCGCUACUGCUGCGCCGCCGCCGAGGCCCGGCUGGAGCAAGGCGGCUGCACCAACGACCGCGAGCCGCAGCCCCCGGGGGUGACAGCCCAGCCCAUCUACGUUCCUUUCCUUAUUGUUGGAUCCAUAUUCAUCGCCUUCAUUAUUGUGGGUUCGUUGGUAGCUGUUUACUGUUGCACGUGUUUAAGACCUAAGCAAACAUCGCAGCAGCCAAUACGAUUCUCUCUUCGAAGCUAUCAGAUCGAGACUCUUCCAAUGAUCCUGACCUCCACUAGCCUCCGGACACCGUCCAGACAGUCCAGUACUGCAACCAGUUCGAGUUCUACUGGAGGCUCCAUUCGCAGGUUCUCUUUCGCCAGAGCAGAAUCUGGGUGUUUAGUGGCAUCUCCACCUUCACCUUACACACCGGGCUGCUUACAAACAGGCCAUUCUAUCCACCUAAGUCAACCAGCUGGAUUUUUGGUGUCAUCACCCUAUUUUGGCUAUCCUCUCCAACCAGAACCUUCCCUAGCUGAGAGGAGCUGCCCAGAUUUUAGCUAGGAGUUUUCAAAAGUAAUAUAGCUAUAGGCGGUAUACUGCUGCAGGGUACAUUUCACGUUAAUAUGUUCUGUAGUUAUGGAACUCAAAACCAUGUUAUUGGGGGAGUUGCCCAUUUAAAAGUGCAAGAUUGUGUAGAAACUGGUACAAAUACUUACAGUUUCCUUGUACUUGGGUCACAACUGCAUAUAGAUCAUGAAACAUUUUAAACAUUUAUUCCUCUCAAAAAGUGACCUUUUGAUAAUUAUUCUAAUUUGUGCAGAAUUUCUGCAGAGAGAUGUAGAAGACCAAUUUGGGAUAAAAUUAUUAAUAACAUAGCUAGAAGAGUUAUAAAUUACUUUUGAAGUCCAAAUGAUAUUAACUCUGUUAUAACAAACCAGGGACCUGAUUCUGCAACUCUUGAACAAUCGUUUACUCACCAGAAUAGUCCCACUUACUGCAAUGAUACUGCCGAGGUGAGUAAGGGUCGCAGGAUCCUGACCUGGGGUUGAGGGAAGAAAGGUAUAAAAAUGGGGAGUGUGGGGAAUUGUCCAUGAUUAUAGAUACCAGAAUCAGAUUUUUUUUAAAGUGCACAUAAUAUAACUGAGAUUAGGGAGCAUAAAAUUUACUUUUGAAAGUAAAGUAUUAGAAAGAUAGGGCCAAAUAUUUUAAUACUGUUUAAGUUUAGUUUAAAACAUGCCCAGUCUCCCAGUAGUCAGAUUAUUUUAUAUGGAAAAAAAGUACAACGUGCACAACAGAGAUCAUUUAUGUAAAAUCCUAAAAACAUGAUUACUUCAAAACAUUUUUAUUAAAGGAGAAUUUGCUGUAAGCAUUUUGUUCAGCAACAUGUAUAUAAAUACAAAUUGGACAAAGUGGUCUCCAAGUUCUAUUUGUAAAAUUAGUAAUGUAUAAAAUGUAAAGACAAAUUUGUAAUUUAAAAUGUAUGUACAGCAUUGACAACAUUAAUUAUUUAGUAGUCAUAUUGAAUUGUUUUAUGUCAAACUGGUUGAAAUUUUAAUUUUUGGUUGUAAUUCUCUACAGAAUGCCACUCACAAACCGUGAGCCUAUUAAGCAAUGUUCAUUUGGUUACAGUGUCAAUACAUUUGUAUUUUGUUUUCUAUACAUUAAAAGUAGUAGUAAAUUUUGUUCUUUUGCAAACUAUUUUACAUCCAUACAUCUGUGAUGCUGCAGAUUUAAUAUAGUUUAUAACAGUGUUGAAUAUGCAGUUAACUAGUCAGAUUAACAACUGAUGAAUUUAAAGUGUAUAUAAAAAUAAAGAUCAUUAUAUUAAAUUGUUUACUACACUGCUUGAAUUUACAAUAUCCCAUUAUAGAACUAGGAUUCUUCCUCUGUUCCCUUGCAAAAAUAACCAACCAACCAAUAUAAACCAAAACAAACCAACCCAACCCCAAACGCUAACACAAUAACAAAUCAAGGGAAAGGAAAAAUGAGUCCAGUCAGGGCCUCUACCUUUCAUGUACUUCUAUACACAGAUAAAGCCAUUCUGUCUGUUUGGGUUUCCUGUAUCUCUACACUGAACUUGCUUAUCUUGCCAAACCAGAUCUGCUGAUGUGCUAGGUAUUCUUGAAAUAUUUUAUUAUAAUAGAUGGUUCCGUUACACAAGCAUUACGGCAAGUUUAAUUAUCAAAAGCAUAUUUAAAUUAGUAUAAAAUUAAGGAAUUUAGUUAAAAUGUCCAUCUUUUUUACAUUAAAAAUGUGGGCCAUUUCUCCAGAAAAGUUUGCCUUCUGUCGCUGCUUACCAUACACUUCAGUCAGAUUCUGCUCUCAUUCAAGCCAAUGGGAGCAGACUAGGGAUCUUUCUGAAUUUCAUUAAUUUUUCCUCAAGAUUUAAGUAGAAUUUUGUUCUUUAAAAAUAAAUGGUCAGGUAUUUCAUUUUUUACUUUAUAUUCUAGUUUUCCAAUUGUAUUUUUUCAUAAUCUUUUCAUAUUUUUUUCAUUGCAUUGUCGACAUGAAGUGUCAAUAGCCAUUUCUACUAGAAAUGUAAUAGUAGUAGAACUGUAUAAGCAAGAGGAAGAAGAUUCUCUUGAUUCUAUACAUUUGACAUUUUAAAUCUAAUAUGCAGCUAAUAUUGAAAAUGUAUGGACUUUGACUUUCAUUCACACCUAAAAUCAUAAUACAAUAAUGGAUACAUUUAAAAAUAAUUUAAAACUUUAUUUCACAUCCUUGUAAAAUUGCUAUGAAAUUUACCAGUCUAGUUAAAAAAGUCUAUUUGCCCAACCCUUAGCAUGAUGAUUAUGAAGAAAUUAACACAUUGUAUUCGCUUAUCAAAGAAAAAAAAAAUACUUCUCUCCAGGAAGGGGCAGGUAGAAUUUUGCACAUCUCUGUUAAUGCCCUGUAAGGCCUGAUUCUGACUUCAACAGGAGUUUUGUUUGAAUAAGGCAUACAGGACUAGGUCCUUAAAGAACGUAUUAAAUAUUUUCUGGAAAAAAUUACCCAAGAGUUUAUACAGUAAAUGAACUCUGUCAUUGUUUGGGAGCAGCCUUGUAAGAUCUGUUCACACAACUAUUAAGAGUGGCACUACCAUGUCAGAGAGCGAGAUGGAUCAGAGGAGACGUGAUAGGGGUCUACAAGUACAUCCAUGAGGAGAGGAUUUAGCAGACAAAGCAUAACACGAUCCAGUGAGUGGAAGCUGAGAAUUGGAUGAAUUCAGACUCGGAAAAAGGGUAAAACAGUGAAGGCAAGAUGUC